AUGAAUAACUAUCUCUUGGAGGAACAGCGAGUCGCGCUGGAGGCUGUGCGCGUGGCAUGCUCGAUCACGACCAAGGUGUUCCAGACACUCACGUCUGCCGAGUCGGUCACGAAGAAGGACAAGUCGCCUGUAACGAUCGGCGACUUUAGCGCGCAGGCGGCCGUCAACCACAUUCUUCUUAAGCACUUUCCCAGUGACAAGAUCGUCGGCGAGGAAGACUCGCACGACCUACAGGGCGAGCAGGGCGCGCCGAACCGCCAAAAGGUAUCGCAGUUGGUAAAUGAGGCACUGCAGGCGUCGCACUAUAUUGACGCGCCACUCUCUGACGAUGAGCUGCUCCAGACGAUCGAUCGUGGCGUGUUUGAGGGCGGGAGCGAUGCACGCUUCUGGACGCUCGAUCCGAUCGACGGCACGAAGGGCUUUCUGCGCGGUGGACAGUACGCUGUGUGUCUUGCGCUCAUUGAGAAGGGACGCGUCGAGCUGGGCGUGAUGGGAUGCCCUAACCUCCCGCGCGACAAAUGCCAGCCGAAGCCGAAGGAUGGCGAGAUCCGCGGCUCGUCCAUGGAGGGCCUCGGUGCGCUGUUUGUCGCGGUACGAGGCCACGGCGCCUAUGUGGUGCCCAUCGACGACAAGCAGGCGGAGCCGGCACCCGUGCGCAUGCGCGACUUGCAGGGCACAUUCGAGGGCGCCGCCUUUUGUGAAUCGGUUGAGGCAUCGCACUCGUCGCUCGGUACCAAUGCGCGCAUCGCCCAGAUUCUCGGCAUGGGCGACAACCAUGUGCGUAUGGAUAGCCAGGCAAAGUAUGCGAGUAUCUCGCGCGGCGAUGGCGAUGUGUACUUGCGCCUGCCUGUCGGCGACGGCACGUACCAGGAAAAAAUUUGGGACCAUGCGGCGGGCGCCUUGCUGGUAGAAGAGGCCGGCGGCCGUGUCUCGGAUGUGGCCGGCCGCCCCCUCGACUUCGGGCGGGGGCGCACACUUGCUGCGAACAAGGGUGUCAUUGCGUGUCAGACGCCCAUGCAUGCCAAGCUCGUCGACGCCGUAGCGCAGGCGCUCAAGGAAGAAGGCCGAGCAGCGCUGUUGGCCAGCCCCUAG